AUGGCAACCCUAAACCAAGUCAUGCGCUCCAUUCGCAAGCCCCGGCCCAAAACCGCCGCGGCUCCCGCCCUCGAUGGGUGCCCGCAACGUCGAGGUGUCUGCGUCAAAGUCUUCACCGUGAAACCCAAAAAGCCCAAUUCCGCGCAGCGUAAAGUCUGUCGUGUACGACUCACGACUGGCAAGGUCGUGAUUGCGUACAUUCCGGGAGAGGGGCAUAACUUGCAGGAGCACUCGGUGGUCUUGGUGAGGGGAGGACGUGUUAGUGAUUGUCCGGGUGUGAGAUAUAAGGUUGUGAGGGGGGCUCUGGAUUGUCAGGGGGUGGUUAAUCGGAAUAAGUCGAGGUCGAAGUAUGGAACUAAGGUGAGUUGA